AUGUGUUUGACUAAACGUUGGUCUUUAAAAGACAAAGAGGGGAAUGAGCCAUCUACAGUUGAUAGGAAUUGUAUUGAAAAGUUACCUAGGAAAGACCUAUUUCCAUGUUCUCGCAAUAUUAACGAAUUGGAAAUGCCAGAAAAGACAACAGCUCCAAGAGAGAUGAAUAGCUUCAUAGUGUUCCGUCGCCAACUUGCCUACGUUGCAAAAUCGGUCAACUUAUCGGACGAUGGAAAAAAUCUUUCACGAUUUGCAUCAUAUAUUUGGCAUGGUGCGACCGUCGACGAGAAAAAAGGAUAUGCAAUCAUUGCUAAAGAGCUCAAAGAGAGGCACAAAGUAAGGUAUCCAGGUUAUACCUAUGAAAGACGAAAGAGAAGAACUUCCGACGGUGACUUUAUUUUAAGUACUCCUGAUACUCUUGGAAAGGAAAAAAAAUCUAAAAGAAGAAAAGCCAAUAAGGCCUUACCUGUUCUUCCAGUAAAUAUGGAAUCUAGUCUUCCCGCCCAAGAACAAAUGCAACAUGAAAGUAUCAUCUCUCCUUUAGCACCUAUAGAAUUUGUCUCACCACCGAUGCAAGAUUUUUGGACAUAUUCGCUCUUUAGUCAAUAUGACGUAAUAAACUACGGUAUCGAUUGUGAUUAUGGAUCCAUGAAUUCACAAGUGCCUCAACAAAAUGAAUGGUACGCCGAUAUCACCAAUGGAGAUCAAAGUGCUGGUUUUUACUCACAUCUGGAGCCAUUAUCUUUUGAUUUUCCUAAAUUUGAUGAUCACACUUAA